AUGGCAAGGACAAAACAGACUGCUCGUCGGAGUCAUCACACAGACUUGAAACAGACAAAUGAAGCAGAUGGUGCCUCAUCAACCCCUCCUUCCCCUGCCCCUCCACCUGCCCCUCCUCCACCCCCUCUGCUGCCAACUGUGGAAUCACACCCAUCAUCUGAGCAGGUUUCACAGACAAACUUGUCAACAUCGGAGGAGACAAUUAGUGUACAAGCAUUGCUUAGUAUGAGGAGCAAACUGAAACGCACUCAACCUAAAACAAGACAUCAGCUGGACAGAACAGACCUUGAGGAUGGAGAUUGUCUGGAUGUGAUAUCAAUUCUUAAACAUCUACAGAAGGAAAGCUGGAAUGAAGUGGUGGAAAUUGACUUUUCUUGUGUAGACCAGAUAACAGAUAUAUUCUUCUUGAUGCUAAAACUUAAUGAGAAGGACAUGGCUUUGAACUCAGUUGAAGUUCUCAAUCUUUCUGGGUGCCGAAAUAUCACAGAUGAAGGUAUACGAUGGCUGUCAGAGACUGAAAACGGGUUUAUAUCUUCUUAUCCUGAGAAUGUAUUUGUACUAGCUGCCUUGUCCUCUGACAACCCACCAAUGGUAAUGUGGAACAAAAUAAAUACUAUUCUUCAAGGUUGGAUGCAAUAUGUGUCAGACUCCAUGGUAUACAAAGGUGGAAUUGAUAGCAAGGUUUUGACUGAGUCCACAUUUGCUGAUCAGAUGCAGAUGGUAUUCAGUCAGACACUUUAUGACAGCUUGAAUAACCUGAUGUCUCAGCCUGGACUUGUCAGUGCUGUUAGCUUUGCAAAGGACCCAGAACACUCCUACCUAUCAUACUCCUUGGAACAACUGGAGAAGCUAUUUCCUUGGCACUUAUCAAAGUUUAUGGAGGAUUCUAUUGAAGGUCUGGACAAUUUAACCAAAACAUUUCCUGGCACAUCGCCUAUAAUUUGUCCUUUGUCAGAGGUAAAUAAGGAUGUGAGGUACACUUUCAGUAGAUAUGAUGAGGUGGAGUCUGCCAUGCAAAUUCUACAUGACAGGGGUUUGUGUGUGUUUUUCCGUGACAUUGCUGAGAAACCUGCUAUUCGUGACAUAGAAAUACUGCCAAUGGUUGCCAAUCUAGUGGGAAAGGCACCUCACCAAGCCUACAUACAGGGACUGGGAGCUAAUGUGCCCUGCUGGAGGAAAGAGGACUUCAGUUCUCUGAAUGAUACCAUAAGGGGAUUUGAAAAUCUCCUUUUUAGGGUGCUCAAGAAAAAGGGAUUGUUGUUCCAGUUUGCAUGUUCCCUCUGGGAUUCUCAGUUUACAGAUACAAUCUUGUAUGUCUUGACAUCUGACCUCCCCAACAGUCCAUUCCUGCCUCUGGAGCAAGUGUGGCCUGAAGAGUUGGAGACUGGAGAAGAACAGAGAGAUUGCUAUAUGACGUUGCCAUCCUUACCAUCCAGCCUGCUGCCCUGCUUCCUCAGAAAACUUCAGGAAAUGUCUAAAGUGUUGCUGAUGUGGAGGGCAGGAUUAGUUGUACGCCAGGGCCCAGUGAUAGUUCUGGUGAAACUAAUUACCAACCAGGCUUGUCAGGGCUUACCUUCUCUAGCGAUCAGUGCUCGGGUGAUGCAUACCAACAUGAGAAACACACUAACUCUCACAUUCAACAACAUCAAAACAAUCCUUGAGGCAAUGUUACAGAAGAGGAAGAUUUUUGCAGUGAAAAGUGUAUCAUGUGAGACUUGUAACCCCACCCACAGUACAAAUCUUGCCCUUAGUGAAAAGUGUUGUCAAAUGAGAGAGAUGGACAUCAGACUUAGUGAAGAACCAGUCUCUUGUCGUAGGAGUAAUUCUGGGAUAGUCAUCAGGAAGGAGACAUUACUUCCCCAAGGUCUGAGUCAGAGUGACUACAUCCCUAACCACAAAUACAUGCAGAUGAUGACACAAGGAUUUGCUAAGAAGUUGACAGUAUCCCCUCGAUGUUUCCUGUGUAACAACUGUUGUGUGCAGGGCAUUUACUGUCCAGAGAACCUAAAACCAUUAGUCUCCAGCAGACUAUGUAGCUGUAAAUAUAGACGAAGUCUUUGUGUGUACUGUGGUGUGUGUGACCAGUGUCUACUACAGUUAACGCAAGCCCAUGUCACUGUUCAGCCCUCCUUCCAUCACUUAGCUAAGAAGGAUACAGACUCGGCUAAGAGAGUUGGAUGUCUGGUGAAAUUCAUGGCAGGCCAGGAGUACUUCCUGUAUGAUUACAUACAUCCGGAGUACAACAGACAAGUUACUAUUGUCCUGAACAAAAAGUGUGACUUAAUUAUUGACCUUCAACACUUAUCGCCGAAAGGCCCAGAAUUGACUGUAAAGUACCAGACAAGUACAGGACAGAUAACAGUAGACGGGACAGUGGGUGAGGAUAAUCUGUCUUACAGGAACAGUUCCUGUGAAAUGUAUGAUCAGCUGGAUUUUCUCAUUGUUUAUAAUGAGAUGGACCAGUUCAAAAAGAAACUGCAAAUACAGAAGAAUGGAGCUUUCAUCUUUGAAUUUGACCUGCAUGCUCUUGGAAGAACAAGUGUUAAAAUCACAUCCAAGGAGAGUUGCAGUAUAUUCCUGUAUACGCCCUUCCUCAUUAAAAAGGAAAAACUUGACACCAAGAAUAAGGAAAUUUUUCAAGAUGGACGUGUCCUCAAAUGCUGUGGUUCCUUUCCUACAGUGUUGGAGAGAAGAAUGUCUGUGAUGAAUGCUUUGCUGGAGGAACAUCUCUUACAUAAUUCAUAUGGUGAUUUGUUCUUCACAGGAACAGCAGGUGUGAUGUUACCCCAACAGCUGACAUUGGAUGAGGUUGUGUGCCCCUCUCCAAAGUUGUUAAGGAUGACUUUCCUCUUCCAUCCUCUUUGUGUAGCCAAUGUGCACAAUGGCUUGGAGUUAGGACAAUCCAGCAACAACUGGCGUCAUAAAACGUUCCUCAUGCAUCUAGUCAAUGCUGAAGGCUUCCCACUGGUCAUCUCUGACGAAACCAUGCAACGUCUUAUCUGGGCCUGGCAGUGCCUUCUGAUACACUGCCCACUGUUGGACUUACCACCAGUUUAUGACAAGCUGUUUCCCCACCUGCCAUCUUCAGCUGGAGUUAACGACCACAAGACUCACCUAAUUGGACAAGGUGUACAGGAACUGCUAGUGCUAUAUGCGAUGAAGCAGCUGUCAUCUUUUGGAGAAAGCUUUGGCAGAGAUAGCAUCUUAAGCAUUACAAUGAGUAAAACUAAAGCUAAAGAUGGACAUGCUCGACCUUACCUGAGCCCUGGUGCUGUGCAACUUCGGAGCCUAAUAAAAGACAACUUGACAAGAUUUGGUCUUGCUACUACGAUGCGGAAGAAGAAACAGAAUUAUGUGUGCGAGUGUCAUGCUGCCUGUCGGUCACCUGUGGGUACAAACAACAGCCUCACAGAAAUACCAAAACUGGUUUUUAGUGGUAAUCCAAAUCUGGUAACAUGUCUUAAACUUCAGGGGAACCGUCUCACUAAUAUUCCUGCUGACACCUUCGUAAACCUCCCUCAUCUCUUAAAGCUGGACCUGAGCGAAAAUUACAUUGAUGUUCUCCCAGAGUCUAUAGGAUUGUGUAAGGAUCUGCUCUUCCUGAAUGUGGAGGCAAACAACCUGAUGGACCUCCCAGCCAGCCUGGUCCAUUGUACCAAUAUCUACCAAGUACAUAUUAGCAACAACAGAAUGCAGGUUCUGCCACCUGUGCUGGUACAGAUGAAGGGGAUACGACGUCUGCUUGCCUGCAACUUGAUGCUAACAGAUCUUCCCGAGAACAUAGGGGACAUGGCUAACUUGUCAUUUUUAUUGUUGAAAGGAAACUGCCUCACAAAUCUCCCAAAGAGUUUUACUAAUCUGCAGCAGCUGAAAUCCUUGUCAGUGACAGGGGUGAGGUGGAUACAGAACAAAGCCAAGUAUUUCCUCUCCAAGUCACACUUUGCCCGAUUUCUGAGGGAAAAAGGCAUUGAUAGAUGGAUGAAUGCUCAGUCAGAGAAGCUUACAGAGGAUCAGCUGUACCAAUUGUUUGAUCUAGACGGCAGUGGAACACUUGACACUUCUGAAAUUGCCAAGUUUAAUGCUUUCUUGUUCAAGCUGUUCCCCAGAUUAGGUUUUACUGGAGAACUGCCUCCUGUUUAUAUUUAUGUACUUGAAGGAUUGGCCUUGGAAGAAUGUCCAUUGCUGAAAACACCUCCCAAAGAGAUCCGAGACAGAGGCUUCAAGGCCACCUUAGCUUAUCUGAAACGGUUACAGACAGGCUCGGUGGACUGUAAAAGAACAAAGCUUAUGUUGGUGGGGUUAGGAGGUGCUGGUAAAACAAGUUUGAUGAGAACAUUGAUAUCAACUGACCAGGAAUCACAUUUAACUGGAGCAGACGCCAUAACAGACGGUAUCGACAUUUGUACAUGGGACGUAGAUUAUGAAGGAGACAAGAUAUCAUACAGUGUGUGGGACUUCGCUGGCCAGACUGUCUACUAUAAUACUCACCAGUUUUUCCUGUCUGAUCGUGCAGUCUAUCUAUUGCUGUGGAACACAAGACUUGGACAUGAGCAUGCUGGUCUAAAGUUCUGGCUUAACUCUAUCUCAGUGCAUGCCCCUAAAGCGCCUAUCUUUGUAGUGGGCACACACAGUGACCAGAUGACUAAGAUGGACUUGCCAGUUGAGGAUAUGCAACACAAAUACCACCAGAUUGUUGGCUUUCAAUUUGUCAGCUCCAAGACUGGUGAUGGCAUCCAAAAUCUGAAGGAGAAGUUAUUCAGAAUAACAUUACAACAGGAAUACAUGGGAGAAAAGAUACCUCAGGCUUGGCUCCAUUUUGAAUCCCUUAUAUCACAAGGGAAAAAAAAAAUUCCUGUGCUGGAUUAUACAAAUGUUGAGAAGAUUGCUGCUGAUGCAGGCAUUGUUGAGCCAUCAGAGGUGUCCCAAGCAAUCCAGUUUUUACAUGACCUUGGAUCAGUGCAGUACUUCCCCAGUGAGUUUCUCCGUAGCCGUGUUGUGAUCAACCCACAAUGGAUUGUCAAUGUUAUGGCCUGUGUGGUGUCUGUCAAACAGGAAGUGAUCAAGGAUGGGCGCUUGAUGCACUCGGAUAUUGACACUAUAUGGUCGGAGUACCACCAAAUGGCUAACUGGUUACUUAAGCUCACUGAAGAGUUUGACCUCACAUUUCCACUGGAAGGGGAGAAUUGUAACAUUGUACCAUGUCUUCUGCCAGAGAAACGACCAAAUUUUGAGUGGCCUGACAUCAAUAAAGAUGAAGGAAUAUAUGAGAUGAAGAUGGUGUACAAGUUUGAUUACCUGCCAGCAGGCUUAUUUAAUAGGGGACAGGUGAGACUACAUGGGUAUUCAGAAGAUUCGCUGAUCUGGAAGAGAGGAUCUUACAUAGAGAAAAAUGGCCAGUUAGCGUUGAUACAACAGGACGAGGACACGGAGCUUAGUGUCAAAGUACAAGGACCUAACCCAAAUAACAUCCUUUUCUUCAUUCAUGAAGUGUUUGAAGGUUUGAUCAAUGAGUCGUUCCAUGGCGUGACCUAUGACUACGAGAUACCAUGUCCAGAUUGCACCAAACAUGUAGGUAUAUCUGUCAGCCAUUGGUGGGUAACCAAUGGACAUAUUAUGCCCUCCUUAGUCAGUUUUGUGCAGGUUAUGAGCUGGAAGCUAGAAGGCAACUAUAUCUCUAUGUUCUACAUCUCUGGAAUCUUACAAACUGCUCCCCCAUCAAAUGUGUUCACCCUUGAAUACCACCACAUCAAAGCAGGUUCUCUUGCUUCAACAGAAUCUCUCAGUCUGCUUGCAUUUGGAGUGGUGUAUGACACCAGAUACAUCUUCAUUUCCUACUGCUCUAAAGAUGCCCCACGGGAUAGGUCAAAGGUUAUACAUCCAGCUGAUAUUUGUGCUGACCUUGAAAAAGCUGGAUUUUCCUGUUACUUUCCGGAGGGUGAUGCACUGACCUCUCGCGAGGAGAUGGCCCAGCAACUAGUCCAUUCAUCUGUAUUUCUGGCCUUAGUCUCCAAUAACUAUGCUGCUAAUGAGGUCUGCUGUGACAUGUACAAAUACGCUGUCAGCACCAUGAAACGUCCCUCCAUCUGUGUGGCACUGGGCGAAAAUUUUGACUGGAAAAAGAGUCCCUCUCUUGGCGUCAUCACUGCUGAUGUGGUGUUUGUAAACAUGAUUAAUUCAAAGAAGCCAAUGUAUGAGUCGAAGAUGAGGGAAUUGCUUGCCACGCUGCAGAAAAAUGACCAAAUCUCUCAAGUUAAAUCAGAGCCUGUUGGUGCUUGCUUCAUCAGUUACUCCUGGGCUAACUCUAGGUUGGCUGUAGAGUGCGGCACCAAAGAGAUAGCUGGAGCCCUCGGAUUUGGGGAUCCACGUCAACUUAAGUCCUAUUUAGAGGAGAAUGGCAUCAAGUGCUGGUUAGAUGUUGAUCAAGUUAAUGUGAAUGACCAGUUAUUAAACAGGAUAGCACAGGGUCUGUCUGAGGCCCGGGUAGUAAUCGCUUGUGUGUCUGACCAGUAUGCCCAAUCAAAGAUAUGCUGUAAGGAGCUAAGGUUUGCCAUUCAACUGGAGCUGCCUGUAGUAGUGGCUGUUGUUGGAACUGGAACACAGUGGAAACGCUCAGAGGUGGGCUUCAAUUCCAUGUCAUACCCUGUCAUUGACUUCCAACGACCUAACCCAAACGCCUGCCAAGACUUGCUCACACUUGUCAAGUCAAAUAUGCUGCCUGAGAGUAUGGAGGUGAUAGACAAGCAUAGGAGAAAGGACAUAGACAGAACUAAUACAUCAUUCAAGGAGAUGUACGAGCUUGCUCAGAGGAAAUUUCUACGACAGAUUUCAAGUUAUGCUCUAAAACAUGACAUGGCUAGCUACCCACGUCUGUUUGUAGUGGAUAUAGUGGAUACUGGGGUACAAGAAGCAAAGAAAAUGUUACCAAGUGAGGAUGACUUCAAGUCCCGAAGAUACUGUGUGUACACUUUGUGUGAAUGUGAACAGGGGUGGCACUCAGUCUGUAAACCUCUGCUGCUGGAGACCACCUUUAUUGGUGAGGAUAUAGAAGAAUAUGCUCCCUACCUAGCUCACAUAACUCUGGUAAUGAGACACAGCCCAGACUUUGUCCUCAAUCUCUUCUCAGAUGUUGUUGGUCAGCAAUACCUUAAAUAUAUACAGGAGCUGACUGUGAAAGGUGGGCACACCUUUGAAACAAGUUACCAGCUGCUCCGUCAGAAGGUGUUCGACAUGGAUUCAAAAUUACAGAAAGGACAACUGAAAAGGUGUCGUUUACCAAGUGGAAAGACAAGCUGGCUUUGUGAGGAGCACAUUGAUAAACUGAAGGUAUCUGUAUUAAGUGACAGUGUGACUGAAGUCAAGCAGAUGUCCACAAACCAGGUCUGGGUUGAGGCCAUGAUGGAGGCUCUCAGGCUCCCACAGAACCUUAAAAUCACUUUUAAACCAACUGCUCUACAGAAAAGGACAUUUCAUGGAAACGCUGGAGAUGUGGCUGAAGUUGAGAGAUACACCCAGAUGACCCUGUCGCAGCAAAGUUCUUCAACUAUAGACAAGGAAGCGAUUAAACAAGCAAAUAAGGAAAUUCAACAAGACCAAGCUGUUAAACAACCUGCUGAGAAGGUUCGGGAAGACCAAGCUGUUAAACAACCUGCUGAGAAGGUUCAGGAACACCAAGCUGUUAAACAACCUGCUGAGAAGGCUCAGGAACACCAAGCUGUUAAACAACCUGCUGAGAAGGAAGAUGCAACCACCAGUCAAGUCUCUGCAAAGAUUCUGGAUGUAUCUCAAAAGAAAGAGGGAGAGAAACCAAAGAAAAAACGCAAGAAGAGCCACAAAAAGUCUAAGGCCAAAGACUCUUCUGAGACUGAUUUAGACAUCACCUUACAGGGGACACCUAAUGACUCAGGUGUUGACAGUGUUGAAAAGAGAUACAGAAAGUUACCCACCAUCCCUCUGUCUGAUGCAGAAACACAGGGAGCACUGACCACAGACAUUUCACAUUCAAGAAUUGGUGGUGGUAAAUUAGCACCCAUUGCAUCAACUGUUCAUACGGCUACACAGGAGAUCACAGAACAACACAAGGACCAGUCAAACUCUUCCUCUAGGAACUUCAAUGAACCAAAGCUGUCUUCUUCACAGGUCAAUUCUGUCCCAAACACUCCAACUCCUGCAACUUUCUCCCUUCCGAUAAGCAUGGCUGUAGAGGUCAAAACUACCCCCUCUUCAAGACAAGACAUCCCUCAGCAAGGCAAACCAGCAAGCAAAACAUGUGUGAUACUGUAA